UAUCCCUCGCGAGCGCGGCACCCCGCCUCUCUGCAAACUGGCCCGCCAAGGCCACCGGUGUCACCGUCUCCGUCGCCGCCGUCGUCGCCGCCGCCAGCCCGGCGGUCUCCCCAGACGCCCGCGCCGCCUGCGCCGCCGCCGGCGGGGCGGUCGUCUUCACAAUUGACCCGGACUACUCUUCAAAGCUCCCCUACAACAUCGAAUCCACCCCGACUACUUGGACCUACAAGCUCGAUUCGAAAUACGCGACGCCGGUCAGCGGGCCGGUCAAGAUCAAGUUCGUCGCGACCGCCGUGUGCAACGGCGGCGGCGCCGUCGUGGGGGCGCCCGACACCGCGAAGGGGACGCUCACGCUGAUGAUCUCGGUCGACCCCUGCGCCUCCUGCGUCAGCGGCUGCAAGACGGGGCCGGGUGAGUUGCAUUAA